GAUGUGGACGACGGGCACGUGAAGGCCCCCAGGGCGCUGCACCAGGGCUACGACCACAAAGAGGUGCGGGACUGGCCGGCCCAGCGCUUCGAGGUGAUCCGGAAGCUUCAGGAUGCCACCCGCAACAGGGGACAGGUGGUCCUUAUGAAGGACAAGGAUGAGAACAGGUUAGUUGCAGUGAAAAUCAUGCCGAACAGGUGGGUGGGCACGAGCCACUCGGACUUCGUGAUCGACCACCCCUCGGAAACGGAACUGCCCUGGCAGGACCUCGGAUGUGUGCGCUUCUUGAACGACGUGGGCUUCCCUUAUGCCUGUGAUCUGCUGGGUGUGUACCGGGAUGCAGAGCACACUUAUGUCGUGACAACCUUCGCGACCGAAGGGGACCUCUUCUCCUGGUGCGAGGGUGGCGUGUCUCCGGGCCACGAGAGGGAAAUCGUCGUUCAGCCCAUUGCGCGACAGCUCAUGGAGGGGAUUCAGCAGCUUCACGACUUUGGGAUCGUGCACCGUGACCUCUCCCUUGAGAAUGUGCUCAUGUCAAAAACAAAUGGUGAUACGAUGACAAUAAAAAUCAUCGACUUUAGCAUGGCCUCGACAGCAAGGUCUUUCAGGAAUUGCAUAAGAGGGAAGGCUUCAUACCAGGCACCUGAGCUGCACACGGACCAGGAGUACGAUGCCUACCUGACGGACGCUUUCUCGCUAGGCGUCACCCUUUAUGCUGUACUGCUGAAGGACUACCCAUGGCUCUCUACUCGGCCUGGUGGAUGCAAGUGCUUCGAGUAUGUCAAGAAGCACGGUUUCCGCGCGUACUUAGCGAAGCGCAAGCUCAGGAACAGCACGCAGCGAGUCGUGGAGUUUAUGUCUGAGCCGCUAGUCUGUCUUCUUGAAGGCUUGCUGACCUUUGAACCAAGCGAGCGGCUGACCUUGGGAGAGCGGAAGUGGGGCAGCUCCAGGCCGUCCAUUUGGGACCUAUCCUGGCUUCAUGAAGGCAGUUGCGACACUGUCUUCACUUUUCGUCUUUUUGGAGCUCGGAGCCUCCUUCCCAAAACCACCUGGUGCCCUGCGCAGCGCGCGCGCGCUUCUGGCAGGACCUGGGAAGGUCUGAGGUCUGAGCCCAGGGCGGACGGCUCUGGUCUUUGCAUGUGUCCCUGGAUUCUCUUCCGAGCCGUAAUCGUAAUAGCCAUCGGCAUCCGCCGAAGUUUCACCCCGAGGCAUGUUAGGUUCCUGCCAUGCGCAGUCGGCAGAAUAUCAGCUAUCGCACGUCCCGAAGCGUAUUUGACAUCGCGCUUGGCCGUUUCAAGCUUCGUCUUUUUGAAAAGACGCUGCGCGCGGAGCGAAAGAGGGAUGCAUCUUCAAUGCGGUCUGCGAGCCACACCAGCUCCAUGA